CCCAGGAUAGACCUGGGCCGCUGUCGCACCGCGCUGCUCAUAUCCGCUUGACUUGCUCUCAGUGUUGGAAAAAGGACUUUGAGAAACUGCAGCGAUGUCAGUCCAGGUUGUGGCAGCGAAAAUGGCAGAGGUCGAGCUGAAAGACGUCCCCGCAGGCAAAGAGCUGCCGAUGAAGUCUGCACUUUCACCCACGUCGGAUGGCAAGGGUGUCGGUAGGAACGAGCCGCACGAGGCCGGUUCCUCCGCUGCUGCGUCCCCGUCAGUGGAGUCCUCUGCCAAAGCCGGGGAAUCCAGCCUGGGUUUGCUCACCCCGAACCCCGCUAAGAUGCCGCAGGCGUCGGCUAUGAAGCGGACGGACCCGCAGGAGAACGGCGGAGAGGCUUUUGUCAACCGUGACGGUACCGUGGCCGAGGCUCCGCGUAUGAAAAAGAUCCAGUUUGCCGACCAGAAACAGGAGUUUAACAAGCGUCCCUCCAAGAUUGGCCGUCGCUCUCUGUCCCGCUCCAUCUCUCAGUCAUCUACAGACAGCUACAGCUCAGCGGCAUCGUACACAGACAGCUCUGACGAUGAGACAUCUCCCCGAGACAAACAACAGAAGAACUCGAAGGGCAACGGAGACUUCUGCAUCAAGAACAUCAAACAGGCCGACUUUGGACGCAGGGAGAUUGAGAUUGCAGAGCAAGAGAUGCCAGCUCUGAUGGCACUCAGGAAACGUGCACAAGGGGAGAAACCCCUCGCCGGUGCCAAGGUGGUGGGCUGCACCCACAUCACUGCCCAGACUGCUGUGCUGAUGGAGACUCUCUCAGCUUUAGGGGCUCAGUGCAGGUGGGCGGCCUGUAAUAUCUACUCCACCCAGAACGAAGUGGCAGCUGCCCUGGCAGAGGGAGGUUUCAGCGUAUUCGCAUGGAAGGGGGAGUCGGAGGACGACUUCUGGUGGUGCAUCGAUCGCUGUGUUAAUGUGGAGGGCUGGCAGCCAAACAUGAUCCUGGAUGACGGUGGAGACCUGACUCACUGGAUUUAUAAAAAAUAUCCCAACAUGUUCAAAAAGAUUAAAGGCAUCGUCGAGGAGAGCGUCACUGGAGUCCACAGGCUGUACCAACUGUCCAAAGCUGGAAAACUCUCUGUCCCGGCCAUGAAUGUCAACGACUCUGUGACCAAACAGAAGUUUGACAACCUCUACUGCUGCAGGGAGUCCAUCUUAGACGGUUUGAAGAGAACCACUGAUGUCAUGUUCGGUGGGAAGCAGGUGGUGGUGUGUGGAUACGGAGAGGUUGGGAAAGGCUGCUGUGCAGCCCUCAAAGCGAUGGGCUCCAUCGUCUACGUGACAGAGAUCGACCCCAUCUGUGCCCUGCAGGCCUGCAUGGACGGCUUCAGGCUGGUGAAGCUGAACGAAGUCAUCAGACAAGUGGACAUCGUCAUCACCUGCACAGGCAAUAAGAACGUGGUGGUGAGAGAGAACCUCGACCGCAUGAAGAACGGCUGCAUCGUCUGCAACAUGGGUCACUCCAACACCGAGAUUGAUGUGGCGAGCCUGAGGACUCCUGAGCUGACCUGGGAGAGAGUGCGCUCUCAGGUGGACCACGUCAUCUGGCCCGAUGGCAAGAGGAUAGUGCUGCUGGCUGAGGGUCUUCUGUUGACCCUCAGCUGUCCCACCGUUCCCCCCUUUGUUCUCUCCAUCCCAGCCACAACACAGGCUCUGGCUCUGAUAGAGUUGUACAACGCUCCUGAGGGACGUUACAAGCAGGACGUUUACCUGCUGCCCAAAAAGAUGGAUGAGUACGUGGCCAGCCUACAUCUGCCCACAUUUGAUGCACAUCUCACAGAGCUGACUGACGAGCAGGCCAAGUAUCUGGGCCUGAACAAGAACGGACCCUUUAAACCAAACUACUACAGGUAUUAAAGCCGUACUGGCGUCGGACUGUGGAAACACCAAAACUCUGUAAAUGGCACAGACUCUUUGAAGGGGACAGAACAGUCAACACACUUGCUUUAUAAUCUCGGGGAGGGACGGAGGGUGACGGGGGGGAGGAAGAGCUCCGGCUGAGCCUGAAGGCGACGGGUGUCGUGAUCCUGUAACACUUACAGCAGCCGUUGUUUGUUUUUUUUUAUCACACGUGCUCAAGAAUAACAACAACAACAACAACAAUAAAACCACCAUCGUUACUUCACCGCCGUCACUCGUCACGACACCGUUAUCUUUAAAACCCACAUCUGUGUCGUGCUCCACGUCGACCCUUCGUCCUUCCUUCUUCAUUGCCAGAUUUUUUUAUUGUUUAACUAUUAAAGAUGAAAUUAUUGAUGCUGAAAAGAUAUAUAAAUACCAUAUAAAAAAAAGAUUAAAAAAAUCUGUGUGAACGAAGGUGACUCUUGAAGAUUUAGGUGAGGACACUUUUUCCGGUUCUUUUUUUUUUGUUGUCAAUGUCUUUUCUUGUGAUUAUGUUUUGGGGUGGGGUUGGAACCAGUGGGCGGGGCUUGGUGGGGUCUCAGGGUCCAAUCAUAUCAUGUCUUUUAUUUCCUCCUUUCAUCUGAUUUGUAAACUCUGAUGAUUUUGGUCUCCUCCUCUGAUCACCCUGAUGUUCUCUUCUCUGUAUCUUCUGUUCCAAGUUUAACUGGACGGUGGCGGAUUUUCCCACUUGUCCCUCAAACUCACGAUGAACCCAUCUCAUUGGCUUCCUCUCUUUCAGCUGCUCAUGUCACGCCAGUGUUGAAGUAGUGAAAAGUAUUCCAGAGGCGUUAAGACCUCGACAGGCAGAUCUUUACACAGAGGUCAUACUGUAUAUGUAGAUAUUUAUAUAUGAAUAUAAAAACAACUUCUGAUUCUUUUUCUAUCCUUCUCUCUCCUCUGCAUUGACUAAAAACCACAGCUUUUUUGGGGAGAAAAAAAAAGAAUUUAAAGCAAUUAAAUGUUCUAAUGAGUGUAAUAAAUGUACCUAAAACCUUGUUCUUAAUACUGUGACGGAACAUAAUCCCUGAGAAACCAAAAGUGCAGCGAGGUGUUGCUAAUCUGGUACUGAAGUGUUUUUUUUUAAAUAUCAAUUUUAAAACGUGGAUUCUUUGGUACUGACGUCGUUCUGAGUUUAUCUAAAUGUGAAAACCUAACGCCUGGAUUUUAACUUUUUUUCCAGUCAAGAAACAUGAAACUGUCUCUGUGCUUUUUGACUGUAAAGGGAUUAUUUUUUGUGUGCGUGCGAUGCCAACAUAGAUUACAAAAGGGUAAGUCAAAAAGUUGUAAGAUUGUUAUAGAGAAUUACAGUUAGAAGUUGUUCUAAAAAAAACAUCUGAGCAGGCUUGGCGGAGGACAAAUAUAAUUUUGGGCAGUGGUGUGUUUUGACACAUUGACAAUACUGUACAAAAUACAAAUAAUAGUUUUAGUUUAACUUCAAAAAUAUUUUUAGGUCACAUCAUCUGGGCGGAACCCAGACAUUCCGUUAACGGGUUUUUGUUAUCGGAGGAAAAAACCGAUAACGAUUCUUACCGAUAUUACAUAAUUAAGCUAAUAUCGGUUGGCCGAUAAUAUCGAACAUACCUCUUUGUAAGUAAACUUGAUUUGAAGGCUGUUUAAAUAACGAAUGUACACAAGAUGUGGUGAUCUUUUAAUUUCAUCCUUAAACUGGAAAAAAAAACCCAUCUAAAUUUAAGUUCUCAGUUAAUAUUAUUUUCCCUAAAAUGUUUGUCUCAGAACCUUUUGACUUACCCCGGUAUCCUCUCCCUCCCUGAAAGGUUCAGAUUGAUUUUUUUACAGCGAGCCACGCGUUUGUGUAAACCCUCAGCUGGGCUCAUCCCCAGCUGACCUGAAAGUGGAAAUGAGAAAAUCCUGACAGUUAUUCCAGCCGACAGCAGCGAGCAGCUCUGACUGCACCUGAGCCAAUCAGAGUCCGUGUCAGCCUGCUGGGAAAAAGAACUGCUGCUCGCUCUGCUGUCCUAGAAUAGAAUCAGAUCAGGUUUAGAAAAAAAAAAAGAGAAAAGAUGUUGUGUUUAUGGAGGGAUAAUGGCACAAAAAUCCAGUUUAGUAACAAAUUUCAUUCUGUGUGACGCUAAGAUUGACAUUUAUUUUCAGCUUCGGUCCAUUUCAUGUUGCAGUGAAUGGCAGGACUUGAUUGCUCUGUUAACGUGGGUUUUGUUAUAACAAGAUGACAUUUGGAUUUUUUUUUUAACCUAAAAAACUGCCUCGAAGUUUUUUGCUGCCUCUGUGUUUGUCCAAACUGCAGGUUGUUCAUGAAAAAGGGACAAAUUUUUGUUUAAUUGUAUUGAAUGUAAAAAAAUUAAUUCUGUUAGUUAGGUCUUUGAAUUCUGAAGAAAAAACACGUUAAAAAAGUCAAACAUCUCAUUUCUUUAAAUGUUUAAAAAAAAAAUUGGAAAAACUUUUUAAAGUUAGGUAAAAUGUGUUAGUCUCUCAGUGCCACCAUUCGACAUGGAGACUGGGCUAAUUCUUCACUCUCCGGCUAAAUCUGCUGAUAUUUAUGCUACAUCAGUAGCUAAUUAGCUUAGCAUAUGGAUUGAAGCCUAGUGGAGGAUCUGUGGUGCAACAACAGGUUAUACGUAUAUUGAUGAAACAGCUCAACCUUUCUGUCAAAUGAAAGUGUUUUACCUACUUUUUUUCUUACAUCAAUAAGGGCUUUUUAAGAAUUUUUUUUUAGUUUGUUAGCACAACAAGACUGCGUUCAGAAACAUUUACAGCCAUAAGGCCCAGCUACACCUGUCAAGCACAAACUAUCAUGGACAGCAGUGCUGUGUUAAAGCUUCAAUGAUAAGACAUAAAGUCCAACACUGUAUCUAAGCUAACACUUGUCUCUCAGUUGGCCCCAGGCGAAAAGUGAUUUUUUUUUUGUUUUGUUUUUUGCUUGUUUGGAUUAGAUUUCAAGUGUUAAUCUUUUUUUUUUCUUUGGACAUUUCUGAAUUCUGCUUCAGUCAAGAACCACACAUAAGGGUAUGAACGCAUGUGAAAUUUUAAAAUGUCAAGACAUCGUUUCCAGAACCACUACCUUCAAUCUGUAUGCUAACAAGUUGGGUUAAAAAAAAAAAAAAAAUAGAUAGACAAAUAGUUCUGAAAUGUGGCUCUUUUGUGAAGACCCCAACACUGUCCUCUGCCAAUGUGUCUCACCUGUGUGUCUGACCUUUGACCUCGUUUUAACUGUCGCCAAUGUAGUCCCUGAGUCUUACUUGAGUGUGAAGUAUGUGUUUGUUUAUGGAAGCAGAGGUGUGUGUGUGUGUGUGUGUCCAUCCCGUCUUGCUUCUUAACAGAUGCCUCAGGAUUCCUGCUUGGGUAAAGAAGGGGGAAAAAACCCUUGUUUUUUUUCUUUUUUUUUGUCACUUGUCAGCUGACGUGGGUGGGCGGGGUAGACACCAGCAUCAUAUACUGUAUGUAUAUGCAUAUUAUAUACAGAUAUGACAACUUUUCAAAAUAUAGGAAGGUUUAAAAAGAAAAAAAAGGAAAAAAAAAUCAACUGUAUUUAUUGUUGUAAAUCCUCGUUCAAACCAAGACUGACAAAGAUCACACACCUGUUUGAAGUUGUCUAAUGAAGAAAAAGAGAAACCCUUAUGUUUAAAUAUGGAUAGUGACAGUAGAAAAUCAUGAGCAAUAAUUAAAAAAAAUGUAAUCUUAAUGAAUAAAGAUGUAAAAAAAA